AAGAAGCAAGCAAAUUGACAGAACCUGUUUAGUUCUUUUUAGGGGGAAUGACAUCCUCAAACCUCCCUCAUCCAGGUCUCUUUUUUUUUUCUUUAAUUUUCAUAUAAAAGCUUUCUGAUCGGAAACAUUUUAACAUUUUCCAGCUGAAAUGCCCUUCGAACAACAGCUCAAGAAUUCCGAUUCCUCGUCAUGAGUCCAUUGUUUCUGGUCAGUAUGCUUGUUUCCUUGGCGGUUUCCUUGGCGAUUUCCGGGGUUGGAGCACAGUCAUCUAGUCCAGAUGAUUUCACGCCAGGGUCUGCCACUAAUUUCCAGCCGAGUUUGGCGGUUGUGAUAGGUGUUCUGGUAAUCAUGUUUUCUUUGACAUUCAUACUUCUCAUCUACGCAAAGUGCUGUCACAGGGGAAGCCGAUCCUCCUCCAUCCACGGUGAUAACAACCUGGCGGUGUUUAACAGAUCCCGGCGGUAUUCUGGAAUUGAUAAAACGGUUAUAGAGUCGCUUCCUUUCUUCAGGUUUUCAUCCCUGAAAGGCUCAAAACAGGGCCUGGAAUGCUCUGUAUGCCUGUCGAAAUUCGAAGACAUUGAAAUUCUCCGGUUGCUUCCGAAGUGCAAACAUGCCUUCCACAUCAAUUGCAUUGACCGGUGGCUGGAGAAGCAUUCCAGCUGUCCCCUCUGCCGGCAGAGAGUCAGCGUCGAUGACCCCACCCUCGUCGCCUACUCCAACAGUUUCCGGUUCCUCUGGAGUCAAUCCGAUAGGGGAGAAGAAUCCAACAUAGAGCUCUAUGUUCAGAGAGAGGAAAAUCGUCAAGGAUCCUCCAGGUUCGGCAUCGGAAGUUUCCGGAAAACGGAAAAUCAAAACAAGGAUACAGAACUUCUUAUUCAGGAAGAUUCCGGUGCCGGCAAUGAAAAUGAUCGGAAGGCUCUGCACAAAUUCAACCACAAAAUAAUUGUUUCGGAUUUUGUUUUCAAGAACAGAUGGAGCAACGUAACUUCAUCGGACCUGAUGUUUUUGAACUCCGAACUGCUUAAUGAAAUCUCCAGUGACAGAUUCCCUUCUUCCCUGGACAGCACUGGACAGUUUCCGGUACCAGCAAUAGAAAACGAACAGAUCGUGAAGAUCAAAGAGGAGAUUGAGGUGAAGAGAUCAUUCGAGAUGAAGGUGAAUUCAAUCAACAAAAGCAGUCCAACACCAAAACUUCCUUCAACAUCCAACUCCACAGCAACUUUGAGUAAGAAUCAAACAUCGAGGAUUGUAAUGAAUCACUCUGAGAAAAGAUCCAUGUCGGAAAUCACUGCACUCUCUAGAUUCCAAGGUAUGGGUGUGAUGAACAGAACAGGGCAGUCUGCCUCUGGCUCUGGCUCUGCCCUGUCUGGAACGGAUGUAAAGGAGGACAGAAUCCGGCAGGCCUGGUUGCCAAUUGCUCGGAGAACAGUUCAGUGGUUUGCUAACAGGGAACAGAAGUCUAUACAAUCUCAGGACACAGUACAGCAUUUAGAAGUAUGAAUUAAUCUGUUUCUUCUUCCUCUUCUUCUUUUACCAUUUUCUUGAAUUUGGCCAAUAUUUUCAGAAUAAUUUGGCUGGUUUCAUGAACCUGGAGUCAUACUUAUGUUAAUAGACAGAUAGAAUACAA